AUGAAUAAUAAUUUGGGAAUAAUGAAUAAUAGAUUUCAUGUACAAGCUUUACAAAAUAGAAAUAGGAUUUCUUCUCUUGAUCAUAAGGCUAAUAAAGAAUAAUAAGAAGGAAAGAAAAAAAAUGAAUAUUAUUAAAGAUGGUUAACUGCAAAGAAAGAAUCAAAUUAAAACAUACAUUCUGAAUCGAAUAUUGAAUCCUUUACACCUUCAACUCCUCAAGCUUAGAUUCCUACAAAAUUAGAACCAAAACUUCUCAAAGAUAUUAUGAGAAAAUAUUUCACAGCAGAGUAAUGAAUGUGAAAUUUUUAUUUAU